UGCCAGACGGACCUCCUUUUAGUCGCACUAUCAGUAUCCAUCCAGCUGCUGCUUCUAGUUUAGGGUAGAUCUGCCGUUGGAAAUCGUUAUCAGUUCCGCUAACUUUUGUGAGUUUUGGCGCGUUUGGGAUCUCCUUUAAUCCUUACCCUAUUAUUGUUUUUUAAUUACAACCGUAUCUCGUUAAUUCUAAAAAAUGUCAGGACGCGGAGCCAAAACUGUCCAGAAAAAACGGCAAACCAAGUCAGGGCGUUCGGGACUGGUCAUGCCAGUAUCGCGUUUUAUUCGGGCCCUGCGGAAAGGCAACUACGCCAAACGGUUGAGCGUGGCUUCCGGCGUGUAUACCGCGGCCGUUGUUGAGUAUCUGGUCGCGGAAGUUUUGGAGUUAGCUGGCAAGGCCUCUACCGACAACAAGAAGAAGCGGAUCAGUCCUCGCCAUAUCCAGCUGGCCAUCCGGAACGACGAAGAACUGAAUCGCUUUUGCGAGGGCGUCGUCAUCGCCCAAGGUGGGGUGAUCCCGCACCUUCACCCGGCUCUGCUGAAGCCACAUAGCCAGUGGAAGGUGGCGGACACCAAUAUUAAUCUGACGACCGAAGCCAAACCGGAAAAGGAGAAAUCCGAGAAGUCCAAGUCAAAGUCGCCUAAGAAGAAAUCGAAGAAAGCCGUGGCGCAGGAAGAUGAGGAGUAGCUGACCCAGAACUGGCAUCUCGAAGCAUUCUUACACACUGCGUACAGGCCGAGCAGUGUUGUAACAUGUUCCAUGGGUAUUAGUUUGUUGCGUGCUUAGUGGACAGAUUUCAUAUUUUGUUUUCGUGGACUUCGUGGAAGAAUUGUAUCAUAUUACAUUGUCAAAGUUAUUUUUUCAACUACAUAGAUUUUCUCAACUCGGAAGCGCUGUUAUUCUAUGUAGCUUGUAAUACCAGUUAGGCCGUUUUAGUAUUUCUCAGCUCUUUGGAGUUUUUUUAAUUGCAUUUACUGUGGUUGAUCGGUUUGUUUUUGUCAACAGUUACUGUACAGUUUUCGCUGAUCGCACAGACAAGAAUAUUAAAGAAUUUGUGGU